CUUGACCAUUCAGCUCAAUUCUCUCUCCUAAAGCCCAGCAAAAUGGUCAAUUGGAUUCUCGGCGAGAAGUUCUACGAGCGGUACCCUCAUUUAGAUGGGGUCAAAGCUCUGUGGGAAACCAAAUGGAAGUUCCCCUGCUCCCUGGGGGUAUACCCUUUCCACGACGGCAAGCUCGAAGACUUUGAACCCAUCUUCGAGAGCCUGAUCCGAGAUAACGUGAACGAUGCCUACACAGAUAAAUACACCGAGUAUUUCAUGCCGACGGCCGAAAAGCUCACCGACGCAGCCAUGUCAGCCCAAGCCUCAGACCGCGCCAAAGCUGCCGCUCUUUUCAAACGCGCCGCGUGUGUAUAUCGAAUAUCUCGAUUUCCCUCACUUGAGGCUGGCUCUGGAUUGAAGAGAAAGGCGUUUGAGCUUCAAAAACAGGUGUAUUUAAGAGGUGCAAGCUUGUGGGAUGCUCCCAUGAAAGAAGUCAAGAUCCCACACACUGCUGCUGAAGGUGAAGACGGCAAGGAAGUACCAUUGUUUGUGAGACUUCCGAGGGGAGCGAACAGUGAGAAGAAAUGUCCGGUAGUGCUGCUGAUUACAGGAUUGGACGGACAUCGACCAGACAACACCGAGCGGACUGACGAGUUUCUUGACCGUGGUUGGGGCUGCGUGAUCACGGAAAUCCCAGGAACAGCCGAUUGCCCUGCCGCCCGUCGUGACCCAAAGUCUCACGAACGGUUGUUCACGUCGAUCCUUGACUGGAUGGACAAGCAGUCGGCCUUCAACAUGCAAAAAUGCAUGGCCUGGGGUCUUUCUGCUGGAGGGUACUGUGCUAUUCGACUCGCACACACUCACCACUCGCGGCUUGCUGGUGUCAUUGCCCAGGGCGCUGGGUGCCAUCUGUUCCUGAGUCGAGAAUGGCUGGAACAUGUCGACGACCACGAGUACCCCUUUGUUCUCAGCGAGGCAUAUGUUGCCAAGUACGGAUACAGGGACUGGGAAGAGAUGAAGGAGAAAGCCCAAAAGGACUUCAGCCUCGUUGAAAACGGCAUUGUCAAUGGACCCUGCUGCAGGCUGCUCCUGAUCAACGGCACCCACGAUGGUCUUGUUCCCAUAGAGGACAACAUCCUUCUCAUGAACUACGGCCGCCCCAAGGAAGCUCGGUUCUACGACAAAAUGCUGCAUAUGGGCUAUCCACCUGCAAAUGAGAGCAUCUGGCCCUGGAUGGAAUCCAUCAUGGCGUCCGCGUCAUAAGCAUCGCGCCUGAAGGAGAGGCGAGGUCCACCCUAUCAGACCGGCCCUCUCACCGCCUCAGCCACAUAUAUUCAAAACCCUUGCGAGUAUAUCAAUUGCCAGCCUCUCACAAUGAAUGUCUUGCUGUCCUUGAUAUGCUUCACCGUCCAAGGCGUGUCGUUGGCAGCAUCGGCCUCUUUCCCGAUAAAUCCACGCAAAUCAUUCAUUUCGUGGAUUGCCAAAUACUUUGGAGGAUCGCCUUCAGUCAGAGCCAUCUUCGGGCCAAUGACAUACCUGGACGAUCGUCGAUACCCUGGUAACUUGUGCAACAUAUCGAGAUGUUCUUCGCGGUACCAUUUGUCGAAGUCGGGUUCAUCCACGGGGUCCAUCUCAACGGUCAAACAGAAUGGAGGGGCAGCUCAAAGCCGGCGUCAGCAACAGUGCAGAGAGAUCGUUGGACGUGGCCCUAGACACUUACAUUCCCCCUUUCCAUCGGGAUCAUAGUCCUGGAUCAGCUUAUAAUUCCUUCCGUUGAAAUCUCCCACCUCCCUGUUCCCCUUUUUGUCGGGCCACAUAUCGCUAGAGUGCCGCACGUCGUCUAGGUACUCUUUGGAACUGAGCGGCUCUUCAAAGUCUGCUUGGUACAAAACCAAGAACUUGCGCGGGUGCUUCUCCUUUGGUUCAAGCGAGAAGUCGAAAUUCUCGCGAAACAUGGCCGCGCGCACGGUGGCCUUACUGUUCACCAAGUCCGGGACCUGCGACUGGUGAGCCCCCUGAAACUGAGAAGGGACGGUCAGGAUACGAACAUGUUCUUCGAUAUACCAUUUCACCCACAGGUCAUCAUCAACCCCAGAAUCGGGUAGUGGUCGCGAGUUGACCCAGAGAAGAUAUUGUUGGGGCAUGCUCGACGGCGUUUCUUGGACGUUGUCUAGCGCAACUGUGACGAUUCUGUCAGAUCAAUGUCCUUUGGGAUGUGUCUGACUGUGACGACCAAAUAACCAACUCCCAAUGUUGCAGCUCUCGACCUGUACAUCUCCCUGCUUUUCACAGGUUUCCGUACCCCGCACCAAAAGCCUCCAGAGGCCAUCCGAGGCUAUCGCCGGCCAGCUUCCCGCAGGGAAUCGACCCUGUCUGACGGAUUCUCCGUCCUCGGCCACCGCAGGGAAAGCUUCGCUGGAGGGUCGAUGGCGGCCAGCUUGUCUUUGGAGACGACCAUGUUCUGGCUCUCAAUCGUACAAGAUAAGUCUAUAGGCGGACGCUAGUUGGUCAUUAUUGAAGCAUGUCCCCUAGGUCGGGCACCACAUGGUCUUAGUGGUCAGACUGAAAGGUUAAUGCUCAACUCGAGGUCGCCCGGUGAUAGUGAUAGCGAUAGCCCUUUAGUCAGGGAAAGAUGUCUCGACAUUUGUUCCUUGCGUGUUUUGUUGACGGCGAUGCUGACAGCUUUUUUGUGAUAACCAUACGCUCAAAUCAUUGACACAUUCCACGGCAGAA